AUGGUUACUCGUAAACAACUUGCGUCCUUGAAAAAGGCCACCGAAGCGUCUGCUAACAAGCGUCGCCGUUCUGGAUCUCAAGGUCGCCGUUCCGGAUCUCAAGUCCCUCCUGUUCGUUCUCCUCCACCUGUUGCCGUCGCCGUUCCUAACCUUCAGAAGCUAAACGAAUGUAAAAUAUCUGGUCCCGAUUUCCGUGUACCCAUUCCCCAUCGUUUCGGACACGUAGUUGGUAUCCAAGUCCCCGAUUACUGUAAUGUUCGGUGGGCAUACUCUGCUUUGCCGGACAAGAAACAAAGACCGGUCCCCAUCGCCAAAACUGGUUCGUCUAAGAAGAAGUAUAAGAAGUCGAAAGGAAAACAGAAGGCUGUAGACGAUUUCGAGUCUGAUUCUGAACCAAGUGAACCGUCGAUUGAGGAAAGUGACGAGGAUGAGAGUAAAUCCUCUCAUACCACCACCGAAACGGAAGAAGUGGAGGGUGAAUCCGGUAACGCUGGCGAGGAAGUCGAGGCAUAG